AUGAGGCAGAGAUGGCGCUUUCUUUGGCGUCAACCUUCUUUGGCCAACUUGGACAGACAUUGGCGGGCACAUGAACCGGCCGUGUUUGAAGUUCAGAAGACUGAUCUACGAUGGGUAAGGAUAAGGAGCGAGAGAUCAGUCAAGUCGCUUUGA